CAAAAAACAACCCAGCCCUCUUCUUCCUCCUCCUCCUCCCCUGGGAAGGGGUGACAGAGGCAUAAAUAGCAGCCGGCACAGCACAGGGGCAGAUGCAAAGCGAGUGGCGGAGCGUCCGGCUUCCCCUGGCACAGCUGCGGGCACCCUUCGCCAUGGCCGAACCUUCGCUGCCCCUCUCCUUCCUCUGCCUCCUCGCCUUGUCCUCUGCCUGCUACAUCCAGAACUGCCCCCGGGGCGGCAAGCGAGCCCUGCCCGACACAGCUCUCCGACAGUGCAUGCCCUGUGGCCCUGGGAACAGAGGCAACUGCUUCGGCCCCAGCAUCUGCUGCAGCUCCGAGCUGGGCUGUUACCUGGGCACGGCGGAGACAAAGCGCUGCACCGAGGAAGACUACCUGCCUUCACCCUGCCAGGCCGGCAGGCAGCCCUGUGGCUCCGGCGGCCGCUGCGCUGCAUCCGGCAUCUGCUGCACCUCCGAAACCUGCACGAUGGAUGCCAGCUGCCUGGAUGAGGGCAGCGAUGGGGCUCAGGAGGCAGCGGAGAAGAACCUGACGGUGCUGGAUGGCUCGGCCGGAGAUCUGCUCCUCAAGUUGAUGCACUUGGCGAACCGGCAGCAGCAGCAGCAGGGCAAGCAUCCCCUCCUCUGAGCCAGAGCGCCGGGC